AUGCACUAUCUAGGCCAGUAUAUAAUGGUGAAGCAGCUCUAUGAUCAACAGGAGCAACAUAUUGUAUACUGUGGUGGAGAUCUUUUGGGAGAUCUACUUGGAUGUCAGAGUUUUUCUUUGAAAGAGCCAAGCCCUCUCUAUGAGAUGCUAAGAAAGAUUCUUGUUACAUCAGCCUCUGUUGACACAGAUGCUGCUCAGACUCUCACUCUCGCACAGGAUCACACUAUGGAUAUUCUAAGUCAAGACCGACUGAAGCACAGUGCAACAGAAUACUCCAACCCCCAAAAGAGAACUGAAGAGGAUGGUAAUCACACACUGCCUACCUCACUACGUAAAUGCAGAGAUCCCAGAGCAGGUAAGCUUUGGAUUAAGACUUCUCCAUUUCUCCCUCCUUUCUUCUCUCCUUUAUUUGAGCUUCUAGACAUGGCAUUUAUCGAUAUAGGUACUGCCAUUGUUUCAGACACUACGGACAAUUUGUGGUAUUUAAAUGAGACCGUGCCAGAGCAAUUAGGUGUUGGAAUAAAAGUUGAAGCUGCUAAUUCUGAGCAAGCAAGUGAAGUAGGGAAAACAAGUAACAAAAAGAUGGUUGAAGUGGGAAAAGACGAUGAUCUUGAGGGCUCCAAGUCCUUAAGUGAUGAUACCGAUGUGGAAGUUACUUCUGAGUGCAGAGUCUUACUGUAUCUCUGUGACUGGCCUGGGCCUUAA